CCGGCCUUUUAAAGAGCCAAUAAACAAAAUCAGAGUCUAACCUACGAUGCUUACGCAGUCAUGAUGUCAUGCACUUCUAGCUCUCAGUUUCUGCAAUGCGAAAAGUCAAGACAACUAUUUAGGGUCUGCAGUAUUCUCAAGAAACUUAAGAAUCAACGAGGAGACAUGGAGUAUGUCUUUGAAUCACUUCAGGCUGUGGCUGCAUACUUUGAAAAGACUGGUGACACAUGGCUUGGUGACCAUUUUCAUAAACGUUGUCUUGAAACGAGUCGAGAAAUCAAGAAUGAUGAACGAAGAAAAGAAGCUGAAGCUCAUUGCAACAUGGGUCUUUCUCAUGAAGCCAAGGGAGUGCUCUCAGAGGCUGUCAGUCAUUUUGAGCAGUUUUAUGCCUUGUCAAAUGGUAAAGAAUGGUAUACUCAAAAUGGACAGAAUUUUGAGACAUUAGCAUCUGACUGCCUUUGUCGUAUCUACACAACCAUAGCUGAAGAAGUAGAUGGCAACAGUCGAGAGGUCAUAGAUUACUUACUCAAAGCAUAUGAAAUGGCUAAAGCAGUUGACAGUCAAGCUGAAGCUCUGGCAAGCUACAGAUUGGGAAGUGCCUUUGAAUCCACAGGCGAUUCCAAAACAGCUAUUAAUUACCACAAAAUCUACCUGGAGAAGUGUAAACAUAAUGAAAAUGAUGUUGGACUAGGUGCUGCUUGCCAAGCACUUGCAAGAUCUUAUGAAAGUCUUGGUGACUUGGAGAAUGCAGCUCGAUAUCUUGAGAUGUAUGUUGAAGUUACUGAUCGCAUAGGGGAAGAUGAACAUGCCUGUCAGGCUCGAAACUCGCUUGGUGUUUUGUACAACACACUUGGCGAGUUCAGAAAGGCAGUGGAGUGUUUCAGCACAUCAUAUGAAUCUGCCAAAAACCUGGGAGAUAAACAUACACUUGCUGCAAAUCGUGUCCACUGUGGCGCCAGUGCAGCUCAUCGUUUCUUGGCAGGAUAUUCAAGUGUUGUUGGCAGUUUUGAAGUCAGCUCAUUACUGACAUGGAAGGACAAAAGAGAGCAAGUUUCAAUGAUCGCCUUAGAAACAGAUGCUGCAACAAUUCAAGCCAGAAAAGAAUCCAGUCCUGAUAUGAAGUCAAGUGCACAUGAAGUGCAGCUACAAGAAACAGUAGAGGACGUUCAGGUAGAUAUAGAACACAACUGAUCAAUGUAUUUGACUAUCUUGUCCACAUAGGCAAUGCAACCACAUGCAUACAGUUAGCAAAAGUAGUGUACAAAUGAGAGGAUGUGAAGCAAGUUGCAUAUCUGCUUGUGUAACUCAAAGAGUUUCAUCUUUGGUAAAAGAGCCAUAGAAGUUUA